GAUAUGGGAGUUCCUAGCAGAGCUCGCGCGAGGCGGCACCACAGUCAUCAUAACCACACAUUACAUUGACGAAACGAAACAAGCACACAAGAUCGGUCUACUCCGAGAUGGUCAACUCCUGGCCGAAGACUCCCCUGAGGAACUGCUCCGGAAAUUCGACUGCGACACGCUUGAAGACGCCUUCUUAAAGCUGGCCCUUCGCCAACAUGAAAUGCCUAGAAGAAGGCCCACCCUCACAGCGUCUCCCGACGUCAUCCCGGACGGGAUUCCCAGCGUCGUGGACAGUCGGUACGAGUCGCGGGAGGACUUUAACGUGGUCACCAGCAGUACCGAUGUGUUAACGACAAAAGAGAAACCAAAAGACUGUAGAGGCAGAUCGAAGGCGAGAUAUAAGGCAGUAUUUAUUAAGAGCAUACAGCAGUUCUCCCGGCAUCCAGGAGGACUGGUGUUCUCCAUCCUGUUCCCCAUCAUCCAGAUCGUGGCGUUCUUCUCUGCGAUUGGACAUAACCCGCGUGGAUUACAGCUAGCCGUUGUCAACGAAGAAACCGCCUUUUCACCAUAUGGCCACGAUAUAUGCAGAAAUAGCAGCUUACGGCCAAUAGUCAGGAUAGAGGAAGAAGACACGUGCGAACAGUACAUGCUCAGUUGUUGGUUCUUAGAAGAAAUGGAGAAGAAAGAAUUGUAUCAGAUUCCAUACGAAACCACAGAAGAGGCCAAAGCAGCGGUAGCCAGCGGCGCGCUGUACGGGGCGCUGUACUUCCACCGCAACUUCAGCGACGCGCUCGCCGCGCGCGUGCGCGAAGGGGAAGUCCCUGAUGACGUGGUAGACGACAGCAGCAUCAGCGUCUGGGUCGACGUCAGCAAUCACCAAAUAACCAACUUCAUAAAGAGUCAGCUGCACAAAACGUACAGCAGUUUCACGAAGCGAACGAUGCGGGCUUGCGGAAGGAACGAAGACUUGGCUCAGAUGCCGGUUCGCUUCCAAGACCCGGUGUACGGCAAGAUGGACACCCAGAUGGUGUGGUUCAUGGCUCCGGGGAUCAUGAUCACCAUAAUCUUCUUCCUGCCGGCGGUGGUGACGUCGACGCUGCUGAUCGGCGACCGGCUGGAGGGCGUGUGGGAGCGCAGCGCGGUCGCCGGAGUCAAGCCUAAGGAGAUGCUGAACGUGCAUAUAGUGCUGCAAGCCGCCAUCAUUGUGCUGCAGACGGCAGAGAUGAUGGCUCUCUCAUUCCUCGGCUACGGCAUGCCUUCCGAGGGUUCGCUGAUAACGUGCGGGCUGCUGCUGUUCCUGCAAGGGCUCUGCGGGAUGUGCUAUGGAUUCCUGCUGUCAAUCUACUGCUCCAGCUACACCAUGUCCUUCUUCGUGGCUACUGGAAGCUUCUACCCCAUGAUUCUUUUGUGCGGAAUCCUCUGGCCUCUAGAGGGCAUGUCGACCGGCCUCCGCAUCAUCGCUCUCAUGCUGCCCUUCACGAUUCCCUCCAAGUCCCUCAGAGACAUCAUGGAGCGAGGGUCCUCCUUCUUGGAGCCGUCGGUCUACCAAGGAUUCCUGGUGACCCUAGUCUGGAUCGCGGUCACUUUAGGCCUCUGUUUCUUAAGGCUAAAGUUGAAGAAGACGUAGAAAAUUUUUGGGGACAGUUGAGUUACGCCAACAUUGUGCUUUGAUGAUUCAAGAAAAACUUUAGAAUUACUUGAGGUGUGCACAUAAUAUAAACACAUUUGUGAGCGAAUCGAUUUCAUGCGGUAAGAAAUUAUUGCGAGAAAAAUCUCCAUAACUAUCGACACAUAAAGUUGGCUUUACAACACAAAUUGUGUCUGGGUGUGACAGACACGCGCCAAAAAUCUUGGCUAGAAGUUUAGCAUUGACUUGGAAUUUGAGGGUAGUUCCACCACGGCCUAAAGAAAACGUGGUGUUCUAAUUUUACCGGCAACUGAAAAAGGGUCAUUAGUAGAGUUCUCCGUCCACCGUAAUAAAUAUCUGCUGGUGAUACGAUUGAAUCGUGAGGACUUAAGUCUCUCUGGGUAGUUUAAUAUUUCAUGCCUUAAAACUAAGUAGGAUAUUGCAAUAUGGGUAUUAAACAGUUGUAUUUACGUAUAAGUUAGUCGAUCUUGCUACUGCAAAUAAGACUUCAGCUAUUCAAACAAUUUGAUUACAAUUAGAGAUUAAUUAAUUAGAUAUAAACUUUUAAUUGUAAACAAGGCCAAAACAUACUAUGUUUUGUUUGAGUUUAAAGGAAAUGUGAAUCUUUUUAGAAAAAUUAAAGAUAACAAAAGAUGUGAAACUGUAUUGACAGUAUAUUACUGCCGGUACAUAAAAUAUGAGUUCACAUAAAACUAUAGUUUUUACGCUAUUUUAAAAAAUUAUGUUCGUGGCCAAUUUUUUGAGAAAUAUACCGAUGACGUUAUGUGACUUCAUAUUUUACUCUUUAUAAAUUAAAAUAAGAUUCGCUUAAUGUAGAGGUGGAUUUUCAUACCAUUGUAUUUUAAAUAAA